AUCAUUUAGCAAGGCAACCGAAAUCAUGCCCAUUUCUUGACCAAAUCACACAGAUCAUGAUUGUGUCCAUGGAUGAAGACAAACGGUGUCAGUUCUAGCUGUCAUCCACAACUCCAAGACCGACAGUCACUUUAUCUCUAACAUCAACCACUCUUUCUAGAACUCUGUGCUUGCGGAUGCUAAUAAUAUCUCUAAAACCCUAACAUAAACCCCCAAAAUUCCAAAAACCUAAUUCAAUCUUUAACUUUCUUUCUUUAUUUGGGGUUCCUCUCUUUGUAGUUUUUAACUCCUCUCAAUCUACGAUACGUCCAAGGUCACGCAAAUGGAAAGUCUAACCCAAAACGAUGUCGUCUUGGACAGUCUCUUGGGCUUUGCACGGCAAGCUAUGGUUGUCGAAACCGCCAUUGUUGCAACAAAGUCUGUAGUUUGGUUGCUCAUGAUGAUGGGGACUCUGCCUAAUGGAAUUGAUAUCCUCAUCAAAGAUCCUGAAGCAUAUGCAGGGUUUCCACUUGCUCAGCUUCUUGCGGUAAGAAAACGUGGUCCUGAGAACAAGGAUGCCAGUGACACUGAGGAUGACGAUGAUGAGGAAGAAGAAGCAGCAGAUGAUCAAGAUGAAGAUGCAGGUGAGGAUGAACCUGGUGAAGAUGGUAAAGAUGAAGGGGAUCCAGAGGAUGAGCCUGAGGCAAAUGGAGAUGAUGGCAGUGGAGAUGAGGAUGAUGAGGACGAGGAUGAUGACGAUGAUGAUGAUGAUGAUGGUGACGAAGAGGAGGAAGAGGAAGAGGAAGAGGAGGAGGAGGAGGAAGAAGAGGAAGAGGAGCUUCAGCCACCAGCUAAAAAGCGGAAAUGAGCUUAAAUCUCUUUUUCUUGUUUUUUAUUGUCUUGUUGAGGUUAGGGGUAUGGUGUAGUGAGAAGUUAAGAUGGGCCGACAGGUUACACACUAGGGUGUCUGUCUAAAUUGGAGUAAAGAACAUUGUGACAUUUCUGGAAAUCAGCCUUGUUUGAUAUUUCCUAAGAUACAGUUCUAGUAUCAUUGUAUAAGCUCUGCUUUAUUCUUCUCUCCUAUUACUCCUUUGUAUGACUUGCUCCUUAAAAAUGGUACCGCCUGGCUUACGGCAUCUUGUUGUCCUUAAGAUUCCAUGAGGAGGCUUGGUACUUUCUGAAGAAUGU